UCGAAACACAUUGUCGCUCUAUUAAAACGUAAACAUCAAAAGCGACGCGUACUCGUGUGUUUACAUGUGUUUAAAUCAUUUCGCGCAAUACGAAAAAUCCAUUCGCCGAUCAAACGUUACAUAGGCUAUAGUCAAGUUAUCAUCUAACGUAUAUAGCCGAUAAACAUGAAUUGUCCAACGAAAACUUUUUUAGUUUUGGCCUUGCUAUCGCGACUCGCGGUGACACGGACAAAUGCUUCCUCAUGCCACAAAAUCGAAAAUGAUGAGCCUACUUUAUGGGAUGUGAGUACUUGCAUUAGACAAAUAAUUUUAGAGGAAGAGAUAAGUCAACAAAUGAUGCAGAAGUGUCUAUUGGGAUGCUUUUUCAUGGCUACCGGUUUUAUGGGCCAAGAAGGCAAUAUCAAAUUUCAUAAAUUCGAAGAAGUGGUGAAAACGCAAGAAGAAGCGAUCGCGUUGAAAUUGAGAUUUUACCACUGCUUUCAGAAAGUCACAGAAGAUCGCAGCCUCAAGCUGGUAUCCUGCGAAGCGGCCUACUGCCUGGAACAGCUCGAACCCGUGAGAGAUUUCAUCGCGAGCGAAGCAAGAAAAAAUAACCAGGAUAACUUGUUUUAUAAGGAUAAGUCGAGGACUCCUCCCUACCUCCAAGGGAGAAAGCUUCAGGAACACGAGGCGAGAGAAGCUAUUGUUUCAGAUAUUCGGAGGAUGGUGUCUAAUUCGCUGCAAGAUUUUCUCUAUCCUGCAAAGGAAGAUGCGGCGAGUUCUGAAACGACCACUGAGGGAGUAGGCAUUAUUAGCUAUGUGAACAAAUUCAUGUAGUAACUCGAACGUGAACGAUCGUAUCAUUUUUUAUCAACGACUGGUUUGACCUGCGUAAUCAAUCAUUAUAUUAAUUAGCUGCAGAAUUUUAUUUUGUAAUCGUAAACGUUAAAUUUCAAAUUUCAAAUAUUUUUUAUGUAAACAAGAACUUUUACUAGUUUGAUGCUUUAAAAAUUAUACAUAUUUGACUUUUUUAAUCUAUUCUAUAAUUUUUAAUUGUACGUAUAUUUGAACAAAAAUUUUUUUUGACGAAUGAAGGUGAAAUAAAAGACAUUGAAAAUCUUUA